AUGGACUUCACCCCGUCCUCCCCCCGCUUGCUAGUACCGGUGUCUCUCCAGGGGAAGGGAGGGGCACGAGUCCUCAGUAGCUAAAUAGCUAGGUCAGGGGAGUACUCUCUCUGUGGCUGUUCGGGUCUCCCCUCUUCGCUUCAGGAGUUGGUACAUUCCGAGAUGGCGGCCCCCGUGCUCCGGCGAGCCGUGCUUUUCUGGGGCAGGGCUGGGGGUGCGAGAGUGGCCCGCACCGUGGCAGGCAGAAGAUCUAUUCUUUCUGCAGCUUACGUGGACAGUUCAAAAUGGGAAGAAAGAGAAAAAGAGGUGCACAACUUGGCUGAAUUGGCCACAUUAAUGGACAGAACCUAUGAAAGAAAGCUUCCUGUCAGCUCUUUGACAAUAUCACGGUUUAUUGACAACAUUUCUUCACGAGAAGAGGUCGAUCAAGCUGAGUAUUACCUUUACAAGUUUCGGCAUAGUCCAAACUGCUGGUACCUGAGAGACUGGACCAUCCACAGCUGGAUCAGACAGUGCUUCAAAUAUGGUGCACAGGACAAAGCCUUGUACACAUUAAAAAACAAGGUACAAUAUGGAAUUUUCCCAGAUAACUUUACCUUCAAUAUAUUGUUGGAUUAUUUUAUAAAGAAUGAAAAUUAUGAAGAUGCUGUGUCAGUAGUUACUGAGAUCAUGCUGCAGGAAAGUUUUGAUGAAUUCUCAACACAACUUCUCUCCCUCCAUGUCUUAUACCAAUACCUGGCAACCAAAUCAGAAUUUACAUGGGAAGAGGAGAGAAAUCUUGGAGCCUCUCUUCUGCUUACAGGCCUAAAACAGACAAACACUGUGGGUUUUAGCUCCCAGCUUUAUGGCUAUACAUUCCUUGGAAAAGUGGAGUUGCACAAAGGACUGCAAGCUGUGUACCAUCAAAUGCCACUGAUGUGGACACCGGGAUACCUGAACAGAGCUUUGCAAGUGAUGGACAAUGUGGCCUCGCUCCCAGGGGAUAUAAAGCUCUGCAAAGAAGCUAUUGAUGUUCUGGAGACAAUUUUGCAGUCUGUCCCUGAGGUAAAAACGGAUCCAGAACCAUCAGAAGAAGUCAAGGUAUCAGAACACAAGCCAAAGCAAAUAGAAUCUGAAGAAACAGAGCAGUCUAAACUGCCUGAGUACCUUACCCAAUUUAAGGAUCUGUAUUCUAAACUGCAUUCGCUUGGCAAGGUUGAAUCUGAAAGCCUGUUGACCCUGACCACCCAACUUGUCAAGGAAAAGCUGCCAGCAUGUGAAGUGGAAGACAUUGCAAAAUAUGAGCAGAAGCUAAAAGAAUGGGAGCAGGAGCACGCGCUUCUGAUGGAGAGAGAAAAAGAGAUGAGAGAGAAGGCUAAGCAGGAGCAAGCAGCUAGGGAAUUCGCUAAAGCAUCUGUUUAAUAUUGCAACUCAGAGACUGCUGUUAUGCUACUUAUUCUUCUGGUAAUAAACUUAAGCACAUGUCAUUAUUAAUACUGCAAUGCAACCUUGCUGUAAAUGUGACAUUUGCUGUAUGCAAAUUAAACUAACUGAUCGUUUCCAUCCA